CCUGUACAAGAAAGCUGCUCCCAAAGCGUCAAACCAUGGCCUAUAAAGAUCCAUGAAUUGUUGCAAUGGAACAGCAAAGGAGUAUUGCAACAUCACAGAGAGAGAGAAAGAGUUCGGCCAUGGCGUCCUCAAGCUCAAAUGCUCCUGCUAAGACCUCCUCUAAGGUCUUUGAUUACCAGCCCAAGUCACGUUGGUGUGAAGAUGAAGAAAGUAAAGUUCUCCAAAUUGAACUCCCUGACUUCAAGAGGGACGAACUCAGAGUGCAGACCGAUGGCUCGGGCCGACUCAGGGUCAGUGGGCAGCGCCGAAUCGACUCGAAGAAGUCGAGUCGCUUUGAGGAAUCGUUUCCCAUUCCUGACGGCGUCGAUCACGGCGCCAUCAAGGCCAAGUUCGACUCCGGAAUCCUUCACGUCAUCAUGCCCUUCAAGAAGAUGCCGCCGCUGGUGGCCGAGGAGGGUUCUCCGGCCACCGGAGAAGCCCCGACAGAUAGCGAUGGCAAGCCUGGACGCGGAUGGAGGGACCGACUCGAUUUUUGUUUGGGGACUCGGAGGAAGCGAAUCGUAUCGGCUUGUGUGGGCCUCGCAACGCUUGCUACGGUGCUCGGCUUGUACGUAGCGUAUCGGCAAGGAUACUCGGUGGAAGAUUGGAACCGGUGGAAAAAGGAGAUUGGUGAAACUUUUGCGCUUGAAAAGUUUCCUGUUUUUCCUCAUUUCUGAAAAAUGAACAAGCCUGAUCAAUAAAUUGUGUUAUUGAAGAUUGCU